GGGAAAUUAAAGAUUGCUGCCCACUGGCCAAUGUCUUUAGACAAAAGCACCAAGGGAAUUUGUAAAGAUUUAGUCCAUACCUUGGUUAUACUAGCAUGGUUUGGAAAUUACUACCCGUUAAGUAAGAGAUGGCUUAGCAAAGAGGCACCCUUGUCCAAAUGAUCAACGUGAAAUGUAAAAUAAAGUGUGUCCUCAGUUUUGAGGGUCAAAACUUUUUUCGAUCUGAAUGUGACAAAUACAUCUUGAACCAUGAAGCUGGACACAGGUAAAUCAUAUAGACUGUCUCUCUCAUUUAACAAGAAACAGAGAACAGAUGGUUUUCUGGGUAUUUUCAUGUUACUUCAGAGUUCAGCAUCUUCCUAUGACAAGGCUUUGUCUGACACAGAGGCCGAAGGUAACCUAACAGUUCUGAUAUGAUGAUGAGUGGAGCUCCUUAUGGGAAAAGCACUCAAUUAAAUCAAACUAGAGCUAAUCUCUCACUACCAAAAAGACAAGUACACUGGAAAAUGUAGAGCACGGGUAUAAAGCUUGGUUUGGAUCUAAAAGGGGUCUUGAAAGAGGAACAGUUAAAUCUGGAUCUGGUCGAGGUUCAAACAAAAAGAUUUUCAUUAAAUAAAAUUCUGUUAACUCAGACUCAUGAGAAAAUUGGAUACCCCUUUGAGUGAUGCCCCUCAAAUGUAGAGGGAUUAUGUUACAAGGGAAGCUCUUUGUGGAAUAGAAUGUUACUUUUCUCUCUCUUUGUACAGCACCCAAUACAAUGGAAUCCUGGCCCAUGACUAGGACUCCUGGGCUCUAGGGUAAUACCAACAAAUAAUAAUAAUGUUCAUUAAAAAGCAUAAAAAGAGCCACCUACCUGCAGGAAUGCAAUUGUGAUCUGAUAUUCCUAGGUGUCAGGACCAGUCAAAUAAAAGGUAGAAUUGAGGUAACAUCACCUGAGUUCAGAAAGGGUUCACUAGGAAGAAAAAAGCAGCACGGGAAGGAAGAAGGUUUGGUUUGGGCAGAAGGCUACAAGGAAGAAAUACAAAAUUGAGGGAUCUCUUCUAGUCAUCAAAGGGCAGAACCCAACUGAUAUUGGUGAAAACUGGAAGAUGGAAAUGUGGGGGGACACACAGCCCCUUUCGUGUGUGUGGCAGGCCCAUUGGCUUUCAAUAACUCUGUUUAGUAGAGAAUCUGAGAGCCACUUGUCACUGCCCCUCAGAUGCUACCUUUGUCCCUCACACAGAGCUAACAACAUCUAUGUUUCCCAGGUCUCAGUUUGUGUGAUCAGAAGAGAAGGGAUUUCUGAGAUGAUGAAGCCCCUGUCCAGCUCAAGGUCUCAGAGGUUCCACCGCCCAGGACCACAACUGAGCUGUGACCUCAGAGAGAAGCUGCAGUAUUCACAGCAACGAGAUCUUCCUGCGCCCUAUUUGUUUCAUCCUUAUGAUGAGGGGAAUGAAGGAGACCAGGAUCUGGUGGCCUCGCUCCAUAGGUUCGGCUGUAUGAUGCCAGUGACGUUUGAGGAGGUGGCCGUGUACUUCUCUGAAGAUGAAUGGGCUCUUUUGGAUGAAAAGCAGAAGGAACUGUACAGAGAUGUCAUGCAGGAGAAUUAUGAGAAUCUCCUCUCGUUGGCAGAAUUUCUGAUUGCUAAACCAGAUGUGCUAUCCCAGAUGGAGCGAGGGGAAGAGAUGUGGCUCCCAGAUCUCCAGGGCUCUGCGAAAAGGGAAAUCCCAAGAGGCACUAAGACAAGUACCAGGGCAGCAAGUGAAAACAAGGAGGAGAGUCCCCAGCAGGAAGGGGCUGUGGGAGUGAAGAUGCACAGGAUGUUCUCAGGAAGACCGCAGGGCCCUGAUGGGGCCGAUGUCAGCAAGAGUCAGGACAGAAUGGGGCGGCAGAGAGGAGACUCUCCAGGCAGGAGUAAAUCUACUCACAGCAAAAGAGGCUUGAGGAAAUCCACAGACACCAGCACCCACCCAGUAACCCAUAUUGAGUUGACACCAAAUACCAUCAAUGAACUGGGGGAAAGAGUCAGUAACAGCUCUCUUCUUAUUCAACAUUAUCAGCAAACUAGUGCAGAAAAGAGUGCCGUCAGGUGUAGUGAGUGUGGCAAAAGCUUCACUCGACAAGAAUACCUUCAGAUACAUCUGAAAAUUCACAGAAGGGAGAGACCCUAUAAAUGUAACAAAUGCAAGAAAAGAUUCAGACACAAGACAAGCCUUGUUCUUCACCGUUACACAGUCCACAAGUCAGAGAGACCCCAUAAGUGUCCAGACUGCGGCCAGCUCUUUAUUCUGAGAGAGAGAUUUAUUCAGCAUCAGAGAAUCCACAACAAAGAGGCAUAUAGAGGAUUCAACGAUGGGAUUGUGAGUGAGAACAGGGACAAGAAUCCCCAGAAGAAAGGGUCUGCGAGAGCAAAGCCAGACAUGAUGUUGUCGGGGAAACCCCAGUGCCCUGAGUGGGGAGAUGCCAGUGAGAGUAGGGGCAAGGUGAGACAGCAGCACAGAGACCCUCCAGACUCGAGACAAAGUAAAUCCACUUGCAGCAAAACAGGCUUAAGGAAAUCCAAAGACACCAGCACACAGCAUACAGACUGCAUGGGGAAGAGACCAAAUACAGACACUGAACUUGGGGAAAUUUUCAAUGACUGCUCUCUCCUGAUUAAGCAUCAUCAAACUGGUGCAGAAAAGAGUGCUUACAAGUGUAGUGAGUGUAGGAAAAGCUUCACCCAAGAAAAAUACCUUCAGAUACAUCUGAGAACUCACAAAGGAGAGAGACCUUAUAAAUGUAAAGAAUGCGGGAAAAGCUUCAGUCGGAGUUCAGUGCUCAAAGAUCACACCAUGAGUCACAGAAUGGAACAACCUUAUAAAUGUACUGAGUGUGGGAAAAGAUUCAGAGCGAAGACAAUCCUUGUAUAUCAUCGUUACAUAGUCCACAGGGUGGAGAGACCCUAUAAGUGUCCAUACUGUGGCCAGCAAUUUGUCCUAAGAGAGAGACUUGUUCAACAUCAGAGAAUCCACAAAGAAGAGGAACCUAGAGGAUUUAAUGAUGGGAUCAUGAGUGAAGAUGAAGCUAAGAAUCUCCAGCGGGAAGGGCUUGCAGGAGCAGAACCACAGAGGACAUCAUCAGGGAGACCCCGGGGUCCUGAGCAGGUAGGAGGCUGUGGAAGUCAGGGCAUGGCACGAAGGCAGCAGAGACGCCCUGCAGGCAAAAGAGGCAGUAUAUCUAAUCAACGCGAGAGAGAUUCCAAGAAAUUGAAAAGCACCAUCGCCCACCAGGGCACCAACACCGGAGCACAAACAAGCACAAAUGGUGACAAUGAGAAAAGCUUCAGUAGCAACUCCGCUCUUUCUGUGCAUCAGAAAACCCACCUGGAAGAGAAACGUUACAGCUGUGCUGAAUGUGGGAAAAGCUACCACCAGCAUGCUCACCUUCGAAGGCAUCAGAAAAACCAUACAGGAGAGAGACCCUAUGUAUGUGCAGACUGUGGAAAGAGCUUUGUGUACAGGUCAAUACUCAGCAGACAUGAAAGGACCCACAAAGAGGAGAAAAACUAUAGCUGUACUGACUGUGGGAAAAACUUCAGCGAGUACUCAUACCUUACUAUGCAUCAGAGAAUCCACAGGGAAGAGAGACCCUAUCAGUGUCCCGACUGCGACAAAAGCUUCAGGCUGCGAGGACACUUUACCAGUCACUGUAGAACCCACACAGGGGCUAAACCUUACAAAUGCACCGAAUGCGGGCAAGGCUUUGGGCGGAAAUCAACCCUGACUAAACACAUGAGAAUCCACACCGGAGAGCGGCCCUAUAAAUGUGCGCAGUGUGAGAAAAGCUUUCGUCAGAAGUUCGCCCUUUCCCAGCAUCAGUUAAUACACCAGGGAGAGAGGCCUCACAAAUGUACUGAAUGUGGGAAAAUCUUUCUUCAGAAGUCCCACCUUACCGCGCAUCAGUCUGUGCAUCGGGGAGAUAGACCUCACAAAUGUACUGACUGUGGGAAAAGCUUCAAUGACCGAUCAAAUCUCCUUAAACACUUGGCAAAUGUCCACUUAAAAAAGAAACCCCAUCCAGCAAAUGUAACUUCAGAUUAAAUAGAUCUACAGUUGUAAUGAUAGAAAAUAAUGGGCUGGUACUUUUUUGAUUCUGGUGAGACACUUCUCCACUCAUACUUAUUCUAAAAUACAAGGUUUAAGGAGGAGGGGUGGGUAGUAUCGCCUUAUUUAUGAUCAUGGGUGUGAGAUGUCGGAGGGGGACAAAGCUGAUGAAGAGAGGAACUGAUCUGUCAAUGGGUUUUGGGGAUGGUUAGUGGGAAUUUCAAGGGAGUGGAAUUGAAUUUUGCAAGUUGAGCAGCGGCGUGCCAUCUAUGGAUGCAAUGCAUGGAUUGCAUUCCCAUGUGAGCCCUGAAUAUGACUUCCUGACUGGCUGUGCCAGUGGGACGAUUCCAUCCAGCCCCUGAACACACUACAGAACAAAAUGGCAUCCUCCGCACAUUGCGAAGACACGGGUAUUUAACAUGGCACUCUACAAAUGGAUUAAAACCUGGUGAACUGAGAUGUCUCCAUCUGUAACUGUAAACAGGGAAUCCUCAUUGAGCAGGUGUGUUUCUAGUGGGGUCCUGCAGAGAUGGGUGCUUGAUCCUCUGCUUUGUAAUAUUUUUAUCAAUGACCCGGAAAAAAACCAGAAAAUGAUCACUGAUAAAAUUUGCAGAUGACACAUAAAUUGGGGGAGUGGUAAAUAAUGAGGAGGACAGGUCAUGGAUUCACAGUGAACUGGAUCACUUUGCAAGCUGGGCAAAAGAAAACUAUACACAUUUUAAUGUGGCUAAACGUAAAUAUAUGUAUGAAUAUAGGCUAUACUUAAAGGAUGGGGGAUUCUAUCCUGGGAACGUGGGACUCUGAAAAAAAAA